AUGCAUUUGACCAGAGAUGCCUCCUUUUUGUUGCCUGAUCUUGUCAGCCAUCGAGCAAAGCAUGAUCCGCAUGGCGUCUUUGCCCGCGUUCCUGUCGGACCUACAUACACCAGCGGUUUCAAUGACGUGACCAACGCUCAGCUCAGUAACGCGAUCAACUUUACUGCUUCCCUUCUCUUGACGACGUAUGGCGAGAGCAACAGUUUUGAAACCCUUGCAUAUAUUGGAUCAAUGGACUUACGCUAUUCCAUCAUGGUGCUUGCUGGAAUAAAGACUGGCUACAAGGUCUUCCUGCCCUCACCAAGGAACAGUAUCGAAGCCCACGUUGCCCUUCUGACCAGGUUGCGAUGCGGCAAGCUCGUGGUUACAGAACCACAAUCACCAUGCAUACCGUCAAUACUAAGCGGACUGGACUUAAGUACCUUCACUCUACCAUCCUUGGAUGUGCUUCUCAAUGUUGGAGAUGUGGAAGAUAUUCCAUUCAUGAAGACAUUCGAAGAGGCAAAAAACGAUCCUAUCUUCGUGCUACACACCUCAGGUUCAACUGGCGUACCAAAGCCACUGAUAUACACUCACGAGUGGGCAUCGAAAUGCGUUGGCUCUAGCUGUAUUUCUCCUCUGGAUGGCCUGGUGGAUUUUGCCCAUUACAUCACGAACGGUUCGUUCUUCAUUACCCUGCCCCCGUUUCAUGUGGCUGGCGUGGGGAUGACGCUUGUGAUGGCACUCUAUCACGGCAUGGUUCCUGUAUACCCAAUCCCAGGACCUCCACCAACAACACAGGCCUUCAUAGAUGCCAUCAGUAACACUGAUGUUGACUGGGCUCUCGUAUCCCCCGUGGUUGUCGAUGAACUCGGCAAACGCCAAGAUCUGAUUCAAGUUGCAGCAUCGCGUCUGAAGUACAUCAGCUAUGCUGGUGGUAGCGUACCAAAAGCUUCUGGGGAUGCAGUUGCUCAAAAGCUACCAAUCUGGACAGUUCUAGGCUCUUCAGAGGCCGGUCUCACUCCGUUGGUUCACGACAAGGAUGGUUACGACAACGCUAAGGACUGGGUGUAUAUGCAUUUCAACCCAGCCUUGAAGCACGAGAUGCGACACUCCCACGAUGACUUCUACGAGCUGAUCCUCGUUCGUAACGCUGACACAGACAUCAUUCAACCAGUCUUCACACACUUUCCAGAUGCUAAAGAGUUUGCCACCAGAGACCUGUUCAGGCCACAUCCAACAAAGAAUGACCUUUGGCUAUAUCAUAGCCGCAUUGACGACGUCAUCGUCUUUUUGAACGGCGAGAAGACAAACCCCAUCUCUUUUGAACAUCACAUCAUGAGCCAUCCGGAGGUCAAAGCCGCAUUGGUUGUGGGUGCUCAACGCGUUGAAGCUGCCUUGCUUAUCGAAACAGCUACAGAUGCAGAGCUCACUGAUGACGAGAAAUCUGGACUGGUUGAACGUGUCUGGCCAUUGAUUGAGGAAGCAAACAAAGUCACACCAGCUCACGCGCGAGUAGCAAAGAGCAAGAUAAUUUUCGUCAAUUCCAGCAUCCCAAUGGCUAGGGCUGGCAAGGGCACAGUACAGCGUGCUGCAACUCUGGCUCUCUACGCUGCUGAGAUUGAGGAGGUCUAUCAGCAAGAGGAAAGCUUGGAUGCUUCCAAUGUAGAGACUAGUCCAGAGAUGAGUCUGAAAAUUCUGGUUCGGAACGCCGUCGCCGAAAUGGUAUCCAUGGACGACCUCGACUUCUUCCAGCUCGGCAUGGACUCGCUUGGUGCACUCAGAUUGCAGAGGGCCCUGAAGAAACGAUUUCCGGGAGCAAACAUAUCCAAUGAUACCGUUUACUCCAACUCGUCUGUCAACACGUUGGUCAGGGCGCUGGAGAAGGUAAUCUCCGCACCAGCAGUAACCGCGACGAAUGCGACAAUUGAAAACAUAUCUUCCGGAGACGAAGCACAGACAGACCUCGUACGUACGGACAGUGUGGUAACGCAUGAACCAACAACGACGACUAAGGAGCUAGAGAAGAUGCUUGCAACCUUUACCGAAGAGAUUGAUGCCAUCAAUCCACAGGAAGACGUAUCGGCUCCCAGAUCUCAAUACAGAGACUUUGUCAUCCUUCUAACUGGGACCACUGGCGCUAUAGGGUCGUAUAUCCUCGAUGCUUUGCUCUCUAGGCCCGAGAUCGCGCACGUGUUCUGUUUUAACCGCACUGCAGACGCUCAAGGUCGGCAGAUCAAGACAAAUCAAGCUCGAGCUCUCGUCACGAACUUUCCUCCCGAGCGUGUCACUUUUCUGAAUGGUGAUCUUACUAAGCCAAGCUUCGGUCUCGCCACCGGCAGCUACGAUGAGCUUCUCACACGAGUCACACAUAUUGUGCACAACGCUUGGCCUGUCAACUUCAACAUGUCUUUGGCUUCCUUCGCGCCAUCAGUCGAAGGUGUCGUGUCUCUGAUACGGUUUUCAGCGAAAAGCAAGGCAAACAGCUCUAUCCAAUUCCUCUCUUCCAUCUCAAGCGUCUUCAAUUACCCGGAAGUAACGGUACCAGAGGAGAUUAUCUUCGACAUGUCAACUCCGUUGGCUGGAGGGUAUGGACAGUCGAAGUACCUCGCAGAGCGCCUUCUCGAUCACGCCUCCAAAAGGCUCGGCGUACAUGCCAGUGCAGUACGUAUUGGCCAAGUCGCGGGUGCUGCACGAACUGCUGGUGGGUGGAACCAACAAGAGUGGUUUCCAAGUCUCGUCACCACUUCUGCUUUCAUGGGUGUCCUCCCAGCUCGACUAGGCAAUGGUGCGGACAAGGUGGACUGGAUACCAAUUGACCACUUGGCGGAAGUGCUUGUGGAGCUUGCGUUGGCGUCUCAACAUGUCGAAGCUGGUACCUGCGGUGCAGCUGUCAAUCAAAUCGUGCAUCCUUAUCCAGUGACAUGGACAGCGUGUCCAACCGUACGUAGUACGGCCCGUAACGGUUACGGGUUACGGCCGUAA